CUUCUUUCUUGCCAGAGCUCCAUCUAUCCUCUCUAAAGGCCCGGUCCCCUUGGCCUCGCUCUGUAUCAAGUCCCCAUAAGGCCUCCUGACCCCGUUAGAGGUGCAUGAUGGGCGGCCCUGUCACUUCAAAUGGCUGCCUUGGUCCAGUCUGAGAGUAGCCCCUCACUCAAGGCAGCAAGAUGAAGAAGCAAAAGGAGAGCCAGUGCACUCAGAAGACCAUCUCAUUGCUGAGCCCCCUGGGGACGAUCCAAGUCAGCGGAUGUGAGAAUGGUGUGCACACCAUCCAGAUCCUAAUGGAUGUCGCACCUGCUGAAAGGAGCAGCGAGGCCCCCCUGAGCUGUGUGGUCAACGAUAGCCCAGCAGAAACGAGCCCCGAGUUGCAGCGCUGCGUUGAAUGGCUCCAGGCGUACUUCAGUGAGCCGCAGACCGCUGGGAGUCUCCCGUUCCCUGCCUUUCACCACCCCGCCCUGCAAGGAGACGCGUUCACCAGCCGCGUGCUGCACGUCCUUCUGAGGGAUGUGAAGUUGGGAGAGACGGUGUCUUACAAACGCCUCGCUGAGAUGGCGGGAAACCCCAGAGCGGUGCGGGCGGUGGGAGGGGCUAUGAGGAGGAACCCGGUUCCCCUCCUGAUUCCUUGUCACAGAGUCAUUUCCAGCUCUGGACAGAGUGGGCCGUACAUGAGCGGCAAGGGCAACCAUCUCAAACAAUGGCUGCUCACCCAUGAGAGGCAGAGAGGGGAAGGCUGAAGCAUUACAGAGCCCAACUGUCCUUCAUGCAGUGCACACACAAGGCUGGAAUUCUUUUUUUUUUUUUUUAAGUCUUUAAAGAACAGAAAACAAGGCCAUAAAGUUAGAAGCCCUCAGCACACACUGUGGAACAACUCGAGUUGUAAAUAUUCAGUUUAUGCUUUCUUAAAAUCUAAGAAUAGAGAUGCUGCAUAGCUAAUGUGAUACAGAGUUGUAGCAGAAUUAGAAUGUACAAAAAUAACUUAAACAGAGAACAGUAGGAAUUACAAACAUAUGCUCCCGUGGGUCUCUGUUGCAUUUGCCAAAAUAAUGCUGGAAUGGUUUUUCUAAAGAAUUAUUAUUCCCCUUAAAAAUACGUCUAUUGCAUUGUUGUUGUUGUUGUUGUUUUUCCUAAGAAGAAUUAGUCUUUGUACCUCUUGUUGGUUUUUGUAAUUUCCUGCCAAGUAAAUGCUUUGUUCAACAUCCAGUUAUAAAGGCUCCGAUUUUUACAGCUACAAAGCUUUGUAGUGAAGCAUUUGUUUUGUCUUCGUUUAGAUCUCAUUGUUUGCUCUCGCCUUAUAAUCCACCUAAAGCGGAGAAGUGUUUUAUAUACCGCAUCCUUUGUCGCACGCUUAAAUAAAUGCACAACAAAAUGACUCUUUUAUUAUUAUUUUUUUAUUUAAGAUUGUUUUAAUUUAGACACUUAUUAACAAAAUCCCCCAAAAAUCAGUCCUGAAGUAAUGAUGCUGAAGGUUUUCCUCUUCUUGCUGCGGCUCCUUUUUCUUUUCCUUCUGAGUGGGGUUUUCCAUUAGAGGGCAGUACAGAACGGGAAAACAGAAAUCAACAUUUCAUCCUUGAAGUCAUCCCGUGCGUUUAAUCUGUAAUUUAAAUGUUUAGAUGUUAUUUUAUUUUCAUCACAUCCUUGUUUUAAUCCCUUUGGGGUAAAUUACUAUUUCUUCAAAAGAGCAUGCAGAAAUGGUAGCAGGGUUUGAGAAAUCAGCUGCUUUUACAUGAAAAUGUCAUGAACUUUUAUU